AUGGCUCCAUCCGCAAAGGCUACUGCUGCUAAGAAGGCUGUUGUGAAAGGCACCAACGGUAAGAAGGCUUUGAAGGUCAGAACUUCUGCCACUUUCAGACUGCCAAAGACCUUGAAGUUGGCCAGAGCUCCAAAAUAUGCUUCCAAGGCUGUCCCACACCACAUCAGAUUGGACUCCUACAAGAUCAUCGAACAACCAAUCACCUCCGAGACCGCUAUGAAGAAGGUCGAAGACGGCAACACCUUGGUGUUCCAAGUCCACAUGAAGGCCAACAAGUACCAAAUCAAGAAGGCCGUCAAGGAGCUAUACGAGAUCGACGUGCAGUCCGUCAACACCUUGAUCAGACCCAACGGCACCAAGAAGGCCUACGUCAGAUUGACCCCAGACCACGAUGCUUUGGACAUUGCCAACAGAAUUGGUUACAUCUAA